ACGAAAAGGAAGCAAGAGAUAUCACUUGGACAGGAGUGAUAAUUAAGAUAAAACACACUUUAAAUGCAUGGAAGCAGAGGAAAUUGAAAUUAAAAGGUAAGGUAAUGGUUGUUAAUUCCUUAUUAUUAUCCAAAUGUGUGUAUGUUUUGGGUGCACUAGAUCUUCCGGUAUGGGUUCUUCUAUCCGAAUUAAAUCAGCUGACUUCAAACUUCUUGUGGGAUGGGAAGGGUGUGAGGAUAUCCCACAAAACGUUGAUAGCAGGGUACAGUGAGGGAGGGUUAAAACUGGUGGACAUUGACACAAAACGUAAAGCACUGAGGGUUAAAACAGUGAAGAAGUAUCUCCAUGAUGUGAAUGACUAUGGGUGGAAACAAUUCUUUAAAAUGUAUGUUCAUAUGGCUGGUAGAUGUGGAGAGAAUAGUCUGCUUAUGGUUUUGAAAGAACCAAUGUAUGAAAAAGUGCCUUUUUUCUACCAAGAGGUGUUCAGAGCGUGGGGAGAAUUCCUACCCAAUAUAUCAUACAACUGUAGUAAUGUAACUGAAGUAAUGAAUAAACCCGUUUUUCUCAAUCCUAUAAUACAGCAUAACAACAAAAUGCUAUACAAUAAGGUUUUCAUGGAUGCAGGAAUUAGGCAAGUAAAGGACAUGGUCUAUGAGUUUGUGCCUGGGUUUCUGCCUGGGCAGGCAAUGGUAGACUGCGUAAGAGAAUGGGAUGAGGAUGCUAGGAGAGAUAUGAUUGUAAAAAUGUAUGAUAUAAUUAAGGGGAGUAUGCCUGGAGACUGGAGGAAUUUGAUUGAGAGUGUGUGAGGACAGGGGAUGGACCUUUACCUAAACUAGUGUUUGUUAAAAAUGAUGCAAGUAAAGAGUUUAAAGAAUUAAAAGUAAAAAACAUAUAUUUAGAACUGAUAGCGAAACUAAAAUAGGAAGACCUUAUUGAAGGCUACUCCACCACAGAAGACAUCACUGAAAAUAGGGCUGCCGCGAUUAGUCCAUGUGGUCGACGAAGUCGACGGUAAAAAUGCGUCGGCAUCAAUAAUUUAAGUCGAUGCAUCUUUUUUUUAAUUUUAUGAAUUUACCUUCAGUAAAUUCAUAAAAUGAAUUUACUUCACUUUAGUUAAAAAUGAAUUUACUUCACCCUUUAGUUCACGCUUCAGUUCAGUAUAACGAAUGUGCGUCUUCCGUAUCACUACGUGCUGCGUGCCUGACGUCAGUCUUUUUUGGCACCAGUCAUUGGUCGCCUUCAGUCAACGCUUCAGUUUAAAAAAAAGUCAUGGCGGCAGCAGCAGUCGAGUCCGACUUGGUGGGGUAAGAGACGGCGUCAAGACCAAAGGCGUCAAAAGUAUGGGAGUUUUUUAAACUAGCGCCUAACAAAAGGGUGGUUUGUGCACUCUGCAAAGUGUCGAUGGCGUAUCAUAGCAGCACCACCGCUAUGCACGAACACCUCAAAAGAAAGCAUACAGGCGCCGUUGUGGACGAUGGACCGCCAGAAAAGCCACCGAAAAGGCAAAGCAACAUGAACGAAUUCCUGCAAAAGAAGGAUUGCUCACCAACAUUUGCAGCUGCUCUUACUGACAGUGUUCUCAACAUGAUUAUCAAAGACAUGAGACCCCCGUCAAUGGUGGAAGAUGAGGGUUUCCGUGCUAUGGUUAACACUUUCCAACCAGGCUACUGUCUCCCUAAAAGAACAUGCUUCACCAACAUGAUGGAGAGGAGAUAUGAGGAUGAAUUCCUGAAAGUCAAACUUGCCCUCUCGUCAUCCAGUUCCAUGGUCAGUCUAACAACAGAUGCAUGGACAAGUAUUGCCACGGAGGCAUACUUGGGCAUAACGUGCCAUUAUAUCAACAAUGACUGGGAACUCAUAAGCUAUAGUUUGACUACUAUGCCUCUUGAAGAGCGACACACUGCAGUGAAUAUUGCAUCCUGGAUUGAGACGGCAAUUGAGAGGUUUGGGAUUCCUACAAGCAGGAUUAAAGCUGUGGUGCAUGACAAUGCAGCUAAUGUUGUAGCAGCCCUCAAGUUGUUGGAAGAGAGGCAUGGGAUAUCUUCAAUCCGCUGUGCUGGCCACACAUUGCAACUAGUGGUGAAUCAAGCACUGAAGAAUCCACAAAUUAACAGAGCAAUUGGAGCGGCAAGAUGCUUGGUGGAACAUUUCAAAAAGAGUGAAAUGGCCAGUUCCAAGCUGAAAACGAAACAAAAACAAAUGGGCAAACCUGAACACAAGCUGAUUCAAGACGUUAGUGUAAGAUGGAACAGCUCGUACUACAUGAUCAGCCGCCUGCUAGAGCAGAGGUGGCCUGUUACAGCAACUCUGUCAGACCCAGAGGUUACACACAGAGCAAAACAUUUCCGUGACCUCAAAGCUGAACAGUGGAGCCUGCUGUGCUGGAAGAGCUAG